AUCGUUCAUCGCGUUAGGGCGGUCUGAAAAUAGUAGAGAUCUGUACUUCUAUCAUUGGAGCCGGAGGCCUUGAUUCUACGCCUCCAUCUCCGGCUUUCUCCCGUUGGGUUCUUCAAUUUCAAAAGCCACAUAUUAGAAUCAUUGGAAUCUCCUUUUCCAGCGAUAGAUUGAAGGGAUGUCCUCGGAGCCAUCUCAAUCAGAUUCCUAUAAACCUUACACUCUGUCCCAAACCCUAACUGGCCACAAGCGGGCGAUUUCAUCCGUCAAAUUCUCAGCGGAUGGCCGUCUUCUUGGCUCCUCCUCCGCCGAUAAGACCCUUCGCACUUAUUCCUGCUCAAAUUCUACUCUGACCCCACUUCAUGAAUUCCAAGGCCAUGAACAGGGUGUCUCCGACUUGGCUUUCUCCUCCGAUUCUCGUUUUCUUGUGUCCGCCUCCGACGACAAGACUCUUCGCCUUUGGGAUGUCUCUACUGGAUCCCUUAUCAAGACGCUCAAUGGCCAUACUAACUAUGUGUUCUGUGUCAACUUCAAUCCCCAAUCCAACAUGAUUGUGUCUGGCUCCUUCGAUGAGACCGUCCGCAUUUGGGAUGUCAAAUCUGGCAAGUGUCUUAAAGUCCUUCCGGCCCACUCUGAUCCUGUCACUGGCGUGGAUUUCAAUCGUGAUGGCUCGCUGAUUGUUUCGAGUAGCUAUGAUGGGCUGUGCCGAAUUUGGGAUGCCUCUACCGGGCAUUGUGUGAAAACUUUGAUUGAUGAUGAAAACCCACCUGUUUCUUUCGUCAAGUUCUCCCCCAAUGGAAAAUUUAUUCUUGUUGGGACUUUAGAUAAUACUUUGAGAUUGUGGAACUUCUCUACUGGAAAAUUUCUGAAAACUUAUACAGGCCAUGCUAACUCGAAAUUCUGCAUCGCCUCCACCUUUUCUGUGACAAAUGGAAAGUAUAUCGUGAGUGGUUCAGAAGACAAUUGUGUGUACCUAUGGGAACUGCAGACCAGGGAAAUAGUUCAAAAACUAGAAGGUCACUCUGACACAGUUAUAUCAGUAUCUUGUCACCCCAGCGAGAACCUGAUUGCUUCUGGAGCACUGGGCAAUGAUAAAACUGUGAAGAUCUGGACCCAGAAGAAAGACUAGUUCAUUUGUCAUCAAGGCAAUCCAUGAUCAAGGUUUUGAACAUAUAACUCUGUGGUGGUGGCACAAUUCUUGUAGCUUAGUUUUAUUAAGUAGAAACUGUUAAAAACAUAACCUUUUUAAAGUUAAGCAUGUAAGUUUUGUUUUUAUUCUCCGCGUCUCUGUUGUUGUCACCCUAACGAUUGCUAUCACAGAUUCGGUGGUGUUUAUGAAUGUAGGGUAGUUGGUUUGCUGCA